GCCGUCGCUGCCUCAUCCACUGUCUCCCGCCGUUUUCUUGGCUUGACUGCACCGAACCGCCGGGUCCCGACAAUAGGGAUUCGCCCUGCCAGGUGCGUCCGAUCCGAUGUUUUCGCGAUCCAUUACCCAUUGCGAAUGGAACCGUUCCGUCGCGACUCCUGCCUACAUACAAGAACCCGGCUCGGGCCAGUACUGUAUCACUGUCGUGUGCUGCCGUUCCCCAAAGAUUUACCGCUUCUUCCUCACGGGUGCUUGCCUCACCCGUUGCCUAGUCGCAGGCAAUGGCUUUACAUCUUUGCCCCGAGGAGGUUGCGAUUGCUGACAAUCUUGGCACCCUGCGUUUCCUUCUACGUGAAUUGGUUAUUUUUUCUUGACUUCUCCCGGCCGUGUUUCGGGAAGCAUGAAAUGCGCAACGCAAUGAAUGCAUUGGACAUGUGCCACUUGCCCGCAGCCAUUGUCGAGACACAUCUACGAACGUUAUGAGGGAUUUCUUCCGCAGCCCUGGUGAGAUCUCGUUGGAGUGCCGCUGCCUAGACCUCCGAGCAACGACGCAGUAAGCUGCUACACACCGCCCCCUCUCGCCACCUGUCCGAUCGGCCACCCGCAUUCGACUGGUCUGUACGUCGGAAGGGA